AUGGCGGCGCCACCGUCGCCAGCGUCGGCACUCCUGGAGAAUGAAGAGUCGAAGCCGAUACCACCGAUCACGGCUGUCUACUCGUACUUGGUGCUGUUUUUCGUCGUUAUGCUUGCAAUCGCAUGGCGGGCGGAGGUAAACGGAGCAGGCUCACUUGUGUGGAUCAUGACUUGGAUGGCGGUAACUGUCAUCCGCCGCCCUUUCGAGAAGGACCAGCAGGCAAAUACAAUAACAGAGAAGGUCCAGAUGUCCACGGAGAAGGCAUUGCUUUGCGGCGUACUUUUUGGAAUGUAUUUCAUCCCCGUCAUCUUCCUUCUCACCGGCUUCCCACGUGCUGCAGAUCACGAUGAUCCCGGGCCCUGGUCCAUAGCGGUGGCCUCUCUAGUGACGGUACCAGCCUUGUAUCUCUUCUGGCGCAGCCACGUCGAUCUUGGCCGCAAUUGGAGCCCCACGACCGAACUCCGCGAGAACCACACCUUAGUUACCACGGGUGUAUACCGCCAGGUACGCCAUCCGAUGUACACAGCACUUUGGAUGCUGACCAUGGUGCAGCCUUUACUCGUGCACAAUUGGAUCGCUGGCUUCGCGCCUGUAGUGUCUUUUGCAAUUCUGUACUUUGUGAGGGUUGGCUAUGAAGAGGAAAUGAUGAUCCAACAAUUCGGUGAUGAGUACCGCGAUUACUGUUCCAAAACUGGUCGUCUCGUCCCACCGCUCUGCUGA